AAGGAUGAAGUAGUCUGUGAUUCUGGGUUUUUCAGACAUUCAAUUUUUUUUUUAAAUCCCCGAUGGCUUUCUUGAUUUAAUAGUGUUGGCGAAUUUAAUGACAUCUUUGGUUCAAACAAAUGAUAUCCUGUACCCGGCGGCGAGAAGCGGCUUUGCUCGGCGCCCGGCGCGGGGAGACUCCCCUUCCCGGGGAACAGACCCCGCCCGGAUCCCCACAAGUGCACCGAGGGGGAAGGGUUUGUUGCCGCCGCCCCCUACCUAAAAUGCAAAAGCCUCCUCUUACUUUUGAAGAAUUCUUACAGUCCCAAAAUUUGGAUGAUUGGCCAAGGGUUCCCUUUUUGGAUGAUGAUUGUUCUUUGGUGGACAAAUUACAAAAAGAUUAUUCAUUCAGUGCUAUUUCAAAGUGUCUGUAUGAAAACGUGCCACUGAGCAUUAAACCCAUCUCAGACUUGGAGAAGCGAAUAAAUGAAUGCACCAUGGAACUGAAGGAACAUGCUGAAAAAAUACUUUCUUUGGAACGCAGACAAGUGGAGAUGGAUAGUCAUCUAAUUUCACUAGAGCAAACUAUUACUACUCAGUGCAUUGACCCUGAAAGAAUGUCAACUCAAUCAGACAAGCUUAGAAAAUCUAAGGUUGCUAAAUACAUUCCUGAGGAAUCAAGUAAUAAAAAUGUAGAGAACUGUCACUACCCGGGUUUCAAGGUAAAACAGCUUUCAGAACUGCCGAGACACUUAGACGCUGCAGAUCUGUGGGACUUGGUUAUAAAAGCUCAAAAUUUCAAAAAAGCUGUCUUUAAAGUUUGGAGAAAGUUGUUUCUCUCAGAAGCAUCUAUUGCUGUUUUCCAGGAUUCUUUUUGGUGGUGGUUUCUUCAGCAAUUUAAGACUAAUCAGGAAGAUCAAGACCACUUAUUUGACAGAAUUGCAGACAGUUUUGUGGGACUUUUCCUGUGCGUUCCCAGGAAUACAAAAGAUGCAUUUUUUCAGGUCUAAAACCACAGAAAUUUGUUUGGAAACAAUGGAAUCUAGAUUGCCUG